ACCAAGCGGGGAUGACAACAUUUACCAAACGUGUAAUAACUUCAACAUCAAAAGUUGUUACCAAGCUUUGACUCCAACGGAACUGUCCAGGAAAGCGGAAGUGAUAAUCAUCUUCCUGUCGUCGACUAAAAGYCAGAAAAGUUUUCCUCAAUAUGUAUUUGCCAUCGACAUCAUCGACAGCAUCAACGACGCUUGCUACGGCAUUUGUUCGAGCUUCCACUUGCAUACAGAGUAAAAGUGAUUAUUUACGAAAUGCGUUUUCACCAACAUUUGMGCAGACAGCCAUUUGCAAKUGUCAAAAUAKUCACCUACACAAGUCAUCAAGGGAAUUUACGGGAAGAACAAUCACAGCUGCUCACAGUCGCGCAAUGGCACUCCUAGAUCCGGCUAYAACAGCGGCCGCAUCAAAUUUCUUCAACGGAGUCCGAUUUCCAGCCAUUUUCAUCGCAGGAGCAUCACUAGCAGGAAUGUUUGCCAUGACAGAGGAUGUCAAUGACACCUACGGAUUGUCGAAGCUUCAGAUUUUUUUGCUACGGCUUUAUCAUGUGACGUCUCUAUUGAGUUUUUGUUUGAGCCUUUCAUCAAUAGUUACAUCCACGACAGCGAGUACACUUUUAUUGCUAUCCGAAUUUUCGAUGGUGUCGAAGGCGGAAAAGAAGUUGGGCCUGGACGCUUACCAAUUUUUGCGAUCAAACAUGAACUUUGAGUUUAUAUUUACGAGAUGGUCUUUUUUCGUGUCAGCAGUGUUAUUGUUCGCAUCCACAACAAUUCGCAUGCUACUGCAAUUUGAAUUAUUUAAACCAAAACGAAGACUAGCGGGAUGGAGUGUUGUUUCGACAAUGGUAGGCGUUAUAACCUUCAUCAUGGGUUAUACCAACACUACUCAACAUUGCUGGCCUUCCUUUUGGGGUAUGACACAGGAAAUCUUCCGGAUUUUGUGGAAACGUGCUUUUCUGAAYCGUCAACGGAUGUUUCUUGUGUCAUUGACAUCGUUUAGUGUCGGAACGCUCUUAACAAUCAAGUUCUUGAUGCCGAGUGCAGUCGAACAUGAUCAGCUUGCCGACCAUGAUAGAUACACCUAAUAGUUCACAUUAAUAUUGUUCCUACCACUAAGUAGUAYGAAUUGCUAUCGAUUGCGAACGUGGAUACGUUCGUCGUAACUAUUUUUURAAAUGGAUGCACUAAGUURGAUGCAAUAAAUUGGUGGCUUUGCU